UGUGUGUGUGUGUGUGUGUGUGUGUGUUCUGGGGCGGGAGUGGUGGGCGUGUUGCAGCAUCCCUGUUGUAUUAAAGCCAUGUGCGGGACAACAGGAGGCCACAGGAGGAAGCUUUACGCACAGAUACACUUGUCAUUUUCGGCAUUAUACUUAUCAAUCUUUCAAAAGACGGCAUGCUGCUGCUGAGGACCCUCGCUGCCUGGAUGCUGUUGGCCUUCCUCGGGCACCAGGUCUGUCUGUGCUCCGGUGCGCGCAACAAGACCCGUGGAGCGGACAAGCCCGUGAACCCACCCGCCGGCAGAGCGCAGAGGAGCGGGCACGAAAAGAGGGAAGCGACCGGGGGCCGGGGGAAGUUCACGCUGAAGGACAAGACGCAGUGCACGUGGGGGGCAAGGGACUCUGGGCGCGCGGUGAAGCUGUCGAUGAAAUGUGAGAACCCUGAGGCGCGCGUCACAGGCGGCACCACCGCCAUGGAGUGUAAAUACAACGGCAAACCUCAGAGCUGCCCGGGCUACAUCUCCAACCCCAAGGGCUUCUGGAAGCAGGUGGCCCGCGCGUUGAAGAGGCUGCAGGACAAAGUGUGCACGGACCAGCGCGCACUGGUGAAGGCCGGUAUGUGCAAGCGUGCGCCCCGGGACGCGCACUUCAAGCUGGACCCCACCAGCUUGGUGGUGUCUUCUCAGGGAGGAGACCCGAAGACCACAGUCGCACCUCGGCCCCGCCACACCUCCACCACCACCACCUCCAUCUCCACGUCCACGUCCAACUCCACCUCCACCGGUCAGGACUGCGACAGGCACCGGAAGACGGCUGAGCAGUACUGCAGCAGCUCGUGGGCCAGUGUCUGCUCCUUCCUCUUCUCCAUGGUGCAGACCGACGACUGUUAGUCUCAUUAUACCAUGACAUGUAGUGAGUUACUCAGGUACUGUGAGCACAAAGGAACUUGAGUAUUUCAGCGUUACGUUACUUUAAACUACUCAGUUACCACCAAGUGUCUGACAGCUCAGAUUGAAACCAUCUACAAAAUGUAAUGAGAUUAUUAAAUAUGACACAUUUUAAGAUUAGACCUUCCAACACUAAAUUACAUAAAAUACUCGUUCUUUAAAUCCUCUGUACUUUUACCUCAGUCAUUUUAUUGUAUUUUUUUUAUUUAAAAAAUGUCAAAACACACACACUGGGUUGGACACUUCAGUAGGACUUUGCAUGGACAGCUAAACCCAAACUUUUUAACUAUGACCAAUUCAAACCUAACAGUAACCUUAACCUAACCACAGUUCACCUUAACUACCACUAACCCUAACCAGGAGCUCUGUCAGAAAUUAGGUUUUGCCUCAUUGGGACGGAGCGUUGGUUCCCAUGAGGUCUACUGGUCCUGACAGGGUCAUUGUUAUUUGUGGAAAUGUAUGUGAGGAGCUUUUUGAAUGUAUUCUGUAUUAUUAGUUCCAUACAGUCACUUCACAGCUUCACAAAUCUUUUUAAAUAUAUACGAGUCAAAAAAAGAUAUUGUCACAGUUUUGAAUAUUGUAUCACACGAUGUCUGCUUUGUACACAGUGAUCUUCUUUGUACUUGUAAUAGAGUAUUUUUUUACAGUGCGGUAUUUUUUUAUUGGAGUACGGAACGUAUGUAUUAUGACGCAUACCUGAAGAUUGAUGAUUGUAGUCGAGUGGUACUUUCUUCUACCUCUGGCCAAAUUUAUCAAUCAGACACCACUGUAUUUAUAUAAUGCAAAUAAAUAUCUUCUAUUUUUGUGGCCUUGAACAAGAUGUGACUUUUCAUUGUUGUAUAAUUACAUGCAUCUGGAUUGUCAAUGUGAAAAUAUACACUGAAAAAACACCAA